CAUUUUGCAGCUGUUGUGUCAAGCUAACUGUCACAUGGUGUUGUUUGUUUACAAUUUCACGCUUUGUUUUGUGAAUGUGUGAAAGCAAUGUCGUGUGCAGUGCCUGGGUGCACAAACAAUAGAAGAUUUAAACCAAAAGGAGUUUCUUUUCAUAGAUUCCCUCAAGACGAACUGUUGGACGAAUGGUUAAACGCUUUGUGCAAGGAUCCCAUAAAGAGUUGGGUUUGGUCAAAAAACAAAGUCGUUUGCUCUCUUCAUUUCGUACCAGAAGACUUUAUCCUUGUAGGAGACAGACGACUGUUAAAAAUAACUGCUGUGCCGUCUAUAUUACCAACAAAACCAAGAAAAAUUAAAUAUUUUUUAGAAGAACAAAUCAAUAGCGCCGCAAAACCAACUACCAGCAGAGAUAUUUUUGGUGAAAGUUCAGCGGCUCAAAUUGUGAUUAAAUCUCCGGCUUUGUUGAACGCAGUUUCACUACCUUCUGCGUUAGUAUCAGAUUCAAAACAAGUUAAAUAUUUUGUAGAAGAACACGAUAGUAAAGGCGAUGUGGUAGUACCAAGCACCAGUGUUGGUGGUGCCUCUGAAAGUUCGGUGGUUCACUUUGUGAUUAAGUCUGAGACUUCUGUAGAUGAAAACAAACCAAAACCUUCUGAGACAGAAUUACAUAAAGGUGGAGUUGAGUGGGAAUCUAUGAAACAUCCCAAAGGUCCUAAUCUUUGUUAUUCUGGGUACAACUCGAUCGCUGCUGCGACUACAGUUGCUAGUAGUACUAGUAAUUUCAACAAUUGUUCGCCUUCGGUAAACCCGAACCACACAGUAUACGUAAACACGAGUGUGGCUAAUUGGAACAUCAAGAAGUCGGCUGAAGAGACUGAUCCUUUAGCCCCAGAAGCAAGUACUACCAAUGUCUCUUUAGUGAAACCAAAAAAAGUUAGGAGAAAACCGCGAACGGUGGAUGUAGCAGUAGCCACGUCCCCUACACGUAACCAAUUAAAAGCGAACCUAAACGUGAAACGACUCACAGGUCUUUCUUUACCGUUUUUCACAGAACUGUUGUCUUUAUUUGACGAGAAGGACCACCCUAGAUACAGAAAAUUGAACCCAUACGAACGCCUUCUCCUAUUCUUAAUUAAAAUGAAAUGGGGAAUACCGUUUGUGUCCUUGGCGUCAUUCUUUCAAGUCAACCCGUUUUCAGCCUCACGCUUUUUCGCAGAUGUCUUGGACACGUUGUACGACAUUUCGCAACAGUGGUUAGUUUUUUGUGCUCAGUCUACGAAAAAGUCGGAUGGGUCGUGCGGACGAUUCAAGGUUAUAAUAGACUGCUUUGAAGUCUUGACCGAAUGUCCGGAUUCCUCAAAAGAGACAGAUCUAUAUUCUACUAAUACAAGACGUCCCAGUUACAAAUUCUUGAUAGGAGUGGCCCCUUCGGGUUCUGUUUCUUUUGUAUCAAAGGCACAAGGUGGGAGUGCUUCUAAGGAUGCGGCGUUCAAAGGUACUUGUUCUUCGUGGUCGAGUUGUGUCCAAGCGGGAGAUUUAGUAGCAAUCGGGAAAGGGUGUCCUGAGUUGGAGUCAACUUUGCAAGAAUUGGGAGCUGUGGCUGUACCAUUUUUUGCCGAAGAGAGAGGGUGUGUCGAUUUGGAAGAACUAGUAGCUUGUAGACACCGGUUCGAGCGAACCGUCCAGAAGCUAAAAAGGUUUGAAAUUUUGAAGUUAGUGACCCCGGAAUUUUCCAAUAAAAUCGAUAAAAUAGUCCACAUGUGUUGUGUUCUUGUCAACCAUAAACUUCUAAAACCCAGUUGUAGAAAAAAAUAGGUAUUUUUGUUUAAAUAAACGUCUGUUUAAA